AUGAGGCGCAUGCGACUUGCUCUCGAGCUGCUGUGCUGGUGCAUUGCGCUGCCGGGUGCGGGCGCCGAUGAGGGCGCGUACACCAAGGGCAGGCUCAACCUUCCUUUUGUUGGGCACACGACCUUCGGGAAGUUCCCGCCCGGGGACAUGGACGCCCUGAGCCGGCGGCCCGACUUCGCCGUGCUGGGAGUCCCGAACGACAUGGGGACGCAGUAUCGGUCCGGGGCCCGCAUGGGCCCCAGGGGCAUCCGCGAGGCGUCGACCCUGUACCAGUUUGGGCACGCGGAGGUCUACGAUGCGGAUACGGGGGAGACCUACCAGUACGGUGACGUCCUUGAUGUCGGUGAUGUCGACAUCGUUCACACGGACCAGGAGGCGUCUUUGAACAGAACGCGAGAAGCUGUGGAGCAAGUCCUACGUGCCGGGGUGACUCCCUUCAUCUUGGGAGGAGACCACGCCACCACCGCCCCAGUGUGCAGUGCACUGGCUGUGCUCUCGAAGCCAGUGGUCCUGGUGCAGAUCGAUGCCCACCUGGACUUCGUGGAUGAGCGGCACGGGGUGCGGUACGGCCACGGCAACUGCAUGCGGCGGUGUCUGGAGAUGCCGCACAUCAGCUCGAUGCUGCAGCUGGGCAUCCGUAGCGUCAGCUCCACUGCGAAGAGCAGCUUCGAGGAUGCGGAGCGCAUGGGCUCGAAGAUCCUCAGCGUCCGCGAGGUGCGGAAGCUGGGGACCGAAAGCACUGCCGCCUUGGUUCCCCAGGGAGCACAAGUUUACUUCAGCAUCGACAUCGACGGCUUCGACCCCUCCAUCGCCCCAGGCACGGGCACGCCCAGCCACGGGGGGUUCAGCUACUAUGAGGUGAAGGACCUGCUCAGGGAGAUCAUCUUCCGGGCCUCGGACGUGGUUGGCUUAGACUUGGUGGAGGUGUCUCCGCCCUACGAUCCGGCCCAGGUGACGUCAUUGCUUGCGGCGCGCAUCCUUUUUGAUGCCAUGGGGUUCAUUAAGCUGAAGCGAGCACAGACCAGCUCCCCGAAAGCGGAGCUAUAA